GUGGUUAAACAUGAAUGUUGUUGAUUCGUAGAUACUGCGAGUUGAUAAAUCCAAAGUCCAUCGUUCAACUCUGUCAGUCCUAAUCGCCGAAUUUACAUAAUAUAACUCUACCCCAUACACUGUUCCAGUAUAUUGUCGUUCGCAGCUUAUAUUUGGCGUAAAAAUGGCACGUGUUCUUGUUGGAGUUAAAAGAGUGAUUGACUAUGCAGUUAAGAUCCGUGUUAAACCUGACAAAACAGGUGUAGUCACAGAUGGUGUGAAACAUUCAAUGAACCCCUUUGAUGAGAUUGCUGUAGAGGAGGCAGUUCGAAUGAAGGAAAAGAAGCUGGCAUCAGAAAUCAUUGCUGUGUCAGUGGGUCCUACACAGAGUCAGGAAGUGAUUAGGACUGCACUUGCUAUGGGUGUGGACAAAGGUAUUCAUGUAGAGGUCAGUGGAAAGGAUUACGACACUCUGCAGCCCAUUCAUGUAUCUAAAAUCUUGGCUGAACUUGCGAAAAAGGAGAAGGUGGAUCUGAUCAUUGUAGGCAAGCAGGCAAUUGAUGAUGAUGCCAAUCAGACAGCACAAAUGACUGCUGCUAAUCUUGACUGGCCACAAGCCACUUUUGCAUCACAGAUAGAAAAAGGUGACAAAGAUAUGACAGUAAAACGUGAAGUUGAUGGUGGUAUGGAAACUGUAAAAUGCAAGAUUCCUGCCGUAAUCAGUGCCGAUCUGCGACUAAACGAGCCACGUUAUGCCACUCUCCCAAACAUCAUGAAAGCCAAGAAGAAACCAAUUGCUAAAAUGACGCCCAAAGACCUCGGCGUUGAUGUAACUCCACGCAUUAAAAUCCUCAGCGUGGAGGAUCCACCAACUCGUCAAGCUGGCGUUGUGCUGCCUGACGUAGACGCUCUUGUUGGAAAACUUAAGGAAGGUGGUCACAUUUAAAUCAUACGAAUGUGAUGAAAGUGGAAUGAUUAUAUUGAUGAACGCCAAUCAUCUUAGAGUAAAUAAAAACGACAUCUGUGAAUGUUUAUAACUUGUAAAACAAUUUGUACAAAUACAUAUUUGAAUACUUUUAA